GUGCAAUCGAUUUUCUCAAGUUUUUGCAUAACUUCUCUUGAUAUUUUGCCCAAAAUAGGCGAAAAUUCACCAACUAAACAUGCCAUUAUUGUAUGGAAUUGAUCAUAGGGUAUUUGCCUUUGGUUGUUUGGGUAUCACAUCGGGUAUAGCUGCGUACUCCACUUACAAACUCUGGUCGAAUAGUAGGCGGCGGCGCCGGUGUGGAAAGGGUAACGAAUCCUACGAAACUCCAAAAGUACUGAACGAAUACCUCAUUUUCCAUUACGGCUCUCCAAGUGAGGUUUUACAGUGGGACUUCGUACCCAAGGACGUCUUGGAGUUCCCUAAGAGAUGUGCUGAUGUUUGUAUCAAGCAUUACAAAAAAGAGGACAGUAUACCUAACAGAGCCCUAGAUAUUGGCUGCGCUGUUGGACGCUCAUGUUUUGAACUUACCAGGGUAUUCGAUGAAGUGGUGGGAGUAGACUACAGCCAUUCAUUUGUGGAUGCUUGCAAUCAUCUCCGAGAGUCGGGCAGGAUGGAGUACUCUGUGAUAGACCAGGGAGAAAUGAAUAAAGAUCUUGUAGCACAAGUACCCAAAGACAUUGAGCGGUCCAAGGCAGUAUUUCAGUGGGGCGAUGCCUGUAAUCUUCCUCUAGACAUGGGAGCAUUUGGAUGUGUUUUAGCAGCCAAUCUUAUAUGCAGGCUCCACCUUCCCACAGACUUCCUUCAUCGAUUAAAGGCCUUGGUAGCUCCCGGUGGAAUUCUAGUCAUAACAAGCCCAUACACAUUUUUACCUGAGUAUACUCAAAGCGAAAAUCUUGUGGGUGCUUAUAUAGAUGAUAACGGUAGACCAUUUACUGCUUUUGAUGGCCUAAAGAAAGUACUCGGAAAAGCUUUUGACUUGGUGGAGGAUGAGGAGAUGCCAUUCUUUAUCCGGGAAACCGCAAGGAAAAACCAGUUGACCGUAGCGCAUUGUACAGUCUGGCGCAGAAAGAAGUAGUGACUUGGUUUAAUGGGGUUAAUUGGGGAGCAUAAUAAAUCACGUUGUUGGUGUUAAUUGAAACCUGGAGGGAUUUUAGGAAAUGAGUUUUGUUUUAGAAAUGUUAGAUGGGGUCCUAGAUUGAGUGCACACCUUCAGCAGUAAAAAAAUAUGCAUCAAAAACAAGUUUGUUUGAUAGUGAAUGAUGUAAUGUCCAGCAAAUUUAAGAAAUUCCAAGUUAUAUUUGAAUAUUUGUGGGAUCACUCCAUUUGUAGCGAUAGAUUGAUAUCUGACUCACUUGACUGCCCCAAAUUUCGUAAUGGCUGAAUGCAAUUGUGUAAAACUGUAAAAGACUGUCUUGCUGCUUUAAAGUAUAGUUGAGGGUGCCCAAGUUUGCCUGCAGCAAAAUUGUUACAUACCUGAAAUGAAGUGUGGACUAAAUCUUAGGGGGCUCCUAUUAUCACUGUAGUCCCUCCAGUACAACCUUGCUCAAAUUAAUACUCUUACCCUGACCCAGUAGUUGUAAAAGAGAUGGAUCACAAAAUCAAAAUGUGUUACUUCCUGUUAUGAUGUUGCAAAAUUCUGUUCUUGAAUUGAAUUUCUUUGGGGUGGCAUAAAACUUGCACAUUUUGGGUACAGUUUGUGAAAAUCUGGGGUUUUAAGUUUUGUCUGAAGUGAACUAUGCACUACAGUGUUGAAGAAUCAUGGUUAUGCUUUUAAUUUGGUUCAGUUUUCUUAAAACAAUUUUUUUUUAUUUUGCAUGUGGGGUGUUGGUUUAUCUCAGAACUUUUGCUGUACAUGCUGCUUUACAUUCCAUAUUGUCUGCUGUUGCAAUUGAAUAAUGAGAAAUAGAAGUAACAUCAUAAAAGCCAACCUCACCAGGAAUUAAAUUACAAAAAAACUGGGGCCAAGUGUAAUUUGACUGUAGUAGAAAAAUGCUCUAAUCAGGCCUUUCUUGUUCUUAUUCUUUGUCACAGUGUCUGCAGUAACUCUAGUUCAUGCUCUGCAAGUGUGAAACUGAGGUUUUUUAGUGUAUGAGAAAUGUUUGCAACCUGAAUUAAGUUAUGAAGUUAUUUAAAAGUGGUGCAGGUACGAUCAGAUGUGCUGAUACCAAGUAAUGGUUUUUCCAUUGUUCAUUUGAUGAAAUAUUAUUCAAAGGUCUGGUAUUGUAAAUUUUGAAGUUAGAAUUUGGCAAACUGAAAGGUUUAUGAUUUAGUGUGAGUGUAAUCAGAUGUCAAUACUAGAUCUCUAAUUCCAUGUAUUGUCGAGUGAAAAUGUCAUCAAUUUAUCAGAAUUUGUUGAGCAUUUCCUUUGGUUUUACUCCCGAAGUCCAAUACUUUGUGAGUUGUUGAUGUGUAGCACUGUGAUAUACAUGUGAUCUGUACAUUAAGGACAUAUUAAUAAA